GACAUGAAAGCUUGAGUGAACGUGCAUUUGUCAAGAAGAAGGUGAGAAGUCCAUGUUUGCCUCGUCGCUUGGUGAUGGAGGGACGGGUUGGUGGUGUUAGUUUGGGUGCUGUUCUCAAGGCAACAGUCUGAAGUUCAUGUUUUCACAUGAAGAGCGCUGUUUUUAAAUACUCAAGAUUGUGUUAAAACAUCUUGAUGACCUAUAAGUAGACAUUAUGCAGCCUGUUCAUAAAAACAUUCGUAAUUGGUCAACCAUGAGAGAAGACCUCAGUGUCGGUGUGGAGGACGUGCGGGUGGUACAGGAGCUCAAAGUGGAAUAAAAGAGCUAUAAAGAGCCAGGUAAUGAAGCGGAGCAGAGGUGGUACCACUGCAGGGGUUCUGGUGUGGACACCAGCCCCAGCGUACUUCUCUCCCUCAAGCCCGGAGGGGUCGGACUUCAGCUGGGAUGAAGAACUUGAUGAGGACUUCCAAAGCCAGAUGGAUGAGAACGGCAUCAUUGGUCUGGCAGAGAGUCAAGGGCAGCAGGAGGGAAGAGAGGAGGAGAUUGCAGAGGACCUGUUGUGGGACGUGAAGACCCCCGAGCCUGAGCACGGGCCUCCACCUGUGCUAGAGGAGAUAAGCUAUCACCUGAGUGAGCUGCUGGACUCUGAGCCGCUCUCUCAUGCCACUGGAGACAACUGCUGCUCUGCAUCUCUGCAGGAAGAACACAGAGUAGAUGAUGACCAGAGUGUUUUGUUGGAAGAUUGGACUGAUGAUGAGGAUGGUACAGGGAGCCCAACAAUCCACAAGCACAAAUUAAACUCUUUCCCAAAGAGAGACACAGCGUUAGACAUGACUGAUGAGGAGACAGAAGAGAAGGACACAUGUGAAGAUGCUCAGAGAUUCAUGGAUCAAACAUUUCCUGUCGCAGAAGAGAUGGCAUCUAUGUUUGGAAGGGUGAAGAGCUUUGAUUUCAAUCACGAAAUGACUGAGAUCCCCCAAAACAUUCCAAUUUCAGGAAUCCCAGAGCUUUCUGAGCAAAGUGAUUGUGAGGAACUCAAGGAAACCAAUGGGCAAUUUCUCACAGACUCGCAUUGUUCCUUUAGAAACACUUCUGAUCCCUUCAGUUUUCCCCAUUUGUCCUCAGAAGAACUGAUGAAUAACUGUGGUAUUGAAGCUGAGACAUUUCCAGAGCUAGACGUUAGGGCAGAGUCAUCUCUUAGCACUUACCAGAGUCCUGCCCCUAAAACAUACCACAUGGAUAGAUCAAAGGGGGAGGAGAUUAAACACAAGAUCACACCUCAAGCUUCACCAAGAAGCCCUGUGAUUAGACUGGGAAAAAUGCACCAAGAUAGUACGAGAGGAGAAAAAUUAGAAAGAAGGUUACACAGUCCCAACCACAACCUGCAGCCUCCGACACCCUCUCCCAGAAAAACAAACCCUGCUUCCUGUGACGAUCAGGUUUCCAUUCCUGCACGGUGCAUUUCUAAAGCAAGCGUCUCCCCCUUAGAGCACUCGCCACCUCCUACAUCUCACCGAUCUUCAGCAAUGAAGAGCCACAGGACCUCCAAAACCUCUCACACUGAUCCAGAUGACAUCAGGAAAGGACAGCUGAGUCACCCUUUACCUGAUUUCUCCAAAGUGGAGCCAAGGGUUCAUUUCCCGAAAAAUAGUGGAUACAGACCUCCUAAAAGUCGUAGACCACCUCAUGAUAGCACUUCACACUCAGAUCUUCCUGUCGUGUUCAAAUCCCCUGCUGAGAUUGUGAGAGAGGUCCUGUUGAGCAGCUCUGAUGGGUCUCCAGUAAGUCCCUCCACCAAUGGGACCCACAAGCGCCUGAACAGUAAAGUACCAGAGGAGUUCCGCUGCCCCCAGCAGGCCAGCACACUGGUGCAGCAGCUACAGGAGGACUAUAACAGGCUGCUUACCAAGUAUGCAGAAGCUGAAAAUACUAUCGAUCGACUUCGCCUUGAAGCAAAGGUGGGUCUCCGUUCUGAACCCGCAAAGCCCAGUACAGCUAUCUUGUCAGGUGUUAUUCAGGAAGGGUCAAAGGUCAUAACCCUCAGUUUUCCUCAAGCACAGAGGGCAGAGUUCAGCGCAGGAUCUGCUAGCCUCACCCAGCAGAAGAAUGGCUCCGAAAACUCCAGAAAAACAGUAACUCGCCCUUCCUCUGUGAGCUCCCUCAGUUUGAGGAGGUCUGGACCUCUCACAGCAGACCAUCUAACAGAGACUCUGACCAAACAGACUCAGAGAUUUCAGCUACAGGUUGAUGCUUUUGAGGCACUUCUAAAGAAUGGGAAGCUCAAGGCCUGUGAACAGAUAACGGGUCUCUCCACACUGGCACAGGGGCAAGAGUCUCUUGAGAGGGCUUACCUAGAUGCACGAGCCCAGUAUCAGAUGCUGCAGCAGCGACAAGGCGGGCAUGUCACCUUUGACACAGACAGGGACCUAGAAGGUCAGAUCUUCAGGUCAGGGAUGCGAUUGGAUGAGAUAAAGGAGUGGCUGGAGCAAGCAGAACGGAAUCAACCCAUUUCUGAGCCUACUUUAACCCCGCUUCCUCCUUCAGAUGUGCUCUCUGUGUCCAUGCUGGAGACUGAACCUUUACCUGAGAGCCCACUGUCAGCUGUCCAUCCUGAGGCUUGUGUUGGUGUGGAGGUCAGUUCAGUUAGCGGAGAGAGUGAUGCAGACAGAGAGGAAGAGGAGAUCCUCCCAUUUGUUCUUCAUCCACUCUAUGACAAACACCAGCAUGUGGAGAAAGACUUCAGUAACCUCUUGGACUGUUAUCAGAGUUUUAAAGAGCUCCCUGGGAUGCUGGACCAAGCUGUGACUUUAAAGAGCUGUGACUUGCUGGAUUUUGGAGACUCUGUUCCUUCUGGGAAAAAAAGCACAACGGUCAGACAACGACACAGGACUAUUAAUGAGAGCGAGAUGACAAAAUCUGCUCAGCGGCAGCCAGCAGCAGAUUGUGUCCCACCCUCCAGCCCAUCUGUUAGGUCACAGGUGUGUGACUCUAUGGAAACUCACCCAGAGGCUCUUUGCCGCUCCUCAGUGUUGCCAGGGCAACAGGGCAGGGAGAGGAAAAUGGCAGGAAGCAGGAAAACUCAAAGCAGUAGCCUAACCAGCCUGGCAGAGAGUGCAGAGCCCAGAACUAUGGGCUUGAAAGCAAAGGCCAAGACUGUCAAAGCGUCCCCUCUGGAUGGGGUCAUGUCUCCAGAAACAGACAGUGGCUUUAUGGGCUCUGAGAGCAGUCAGCUUACUCCCGCAGUACACAGUCCUCUCCAGCAGAGGGCAGUGGUGAGUUCCACGCCGUCUGGCCUGCACAUGAAGAACACAGAAAGACCAGAGUCUGCUCCUCCUUCUGGGCAGCCUUUUGUCGUCUCCACCUCUGCCUCCCAACCCUCUCCGAAUACCCCAGGAGAACACCUCAGCACAUCUGGAGGAUGCACGGGUCCUGUUAGGAGGAGAGGAGGGGAGGAAAGGUGUUCUUCUUCCAGCCUUUCUCCAUCAAUCUCCCUUCAUUGGCCUAAUAGAACCAUCCCGCCCUGGCCGAGCAGCUUGACCAGCCAGUCAGAUCGUGGGAGUGAUCAUGUCCAUUUCUUAUCAGGGGAGGAAAAAGCACAGGAUGGCCAAUACCCACAACCAGCCAGUCUGCAGCUCAGCUCUCACAGAAGCCCCUCCCUCUAUGUGCCUUAUCACCGCAGCGACCACCUCGAAGCCCAAAGUUCCGUUCAGCUAACAAAUCACCAAGAGGCUCUUGAAUCUCUACAGCAAGAAGUGAACCGACUGAAGGAGAGACUAGAGGGAAAUCUGAGACUCUCCAAACCUGCUAGUCCUGUUAGAGCGCCCCCUUCUGCCACAGAAGACACCAGAGACCACGCACACCCACAGACCAUAACACCACAGUGGCUUCAUUUAAGGUCUUCAGAGAGGACGAGAAGGCAGACAGAGAGAAGGAGGAAUGGAGAAAAAGAGAGAGGAAACUCACCAAGACCCACCCUGAGGCAAAGAUCAGCAUCAUUACCUCGACAUCGGCCUGACACUGAUCUGACAACUGAUUCUGAGCAUGUCCAGUCUGAGCCAAGACCAUCAACAAUAAGACAUGUCCUGAUGUCCCCUAUGACAUCAAGAGGAAGAAGACAAACCAGAGGAUUUGAACGCCACAAAGAGGACAGUACCUCAGGCAGAUCCGAUAAUAGCGAUGAAAUGGAAAUGAGCCGAGGAACAGAACCGACCUGUCCACACUGCACAUCAGAUCGCACUAGUACCUCGACACGUCCAAUGAGGAGCAGGAGCUCUCCACGUCUCACGCAACCUUCCUGUAGCCACUGCCCAUUGUGUGGUUCAUUAAGAGCCUCUCAACCAGCCAAUCAGGAGCCAGUCUCCAGCCCCAGAGGGACUCCAAUCAGAUCCAUACAGAGGGACAGACGAGGCAUGAACGUGACAUUAGCUCCUCCCCCCACAUUGCAGGGAGGUGUUCCAGUUAUCCCAUGUGUGCCCAUCUAUCCUUCAACUCUUUACUUCUCCAGCCCUGUGACGACACAGGCCUACUCACAACCCUCUAAUGUCUCAGCAAGCCCCGCCAGAGAUAAGAAGUCAGGGGUCAGAGGUCAUCGCAGACGCUCUCUCUCUGUGGACCAUCAGCAGCUCCCUCUGAACAGCUCUCUGACCCGUGCCCUCACAGCAGCUAGAAACAUGAGAGAGGUCUCGCAUCGCAUGGCUCAUUCUCUGGCCUCAGGGCUGCACAGCAGUAGCUUCCUCACCACAUCCUGCACCUACUGACACCAGCAGUUGUUCAUUUAGCAGACGCGUUUAUCCAAAGUGACAUACAUAAUGUACAAAGUACAUUUCUCAGCUGUGUCACAUAAAGAAAGUGAUGUGUGUUUGUUUUUAUUAGUUUACAUAAAACAACUCUUUCUCGUAGCAGUGUGACUGAUGACAUGCAGACAUGCAUGGUGGAAAAUGUGAAAUGUCUCAGGUGACUUUUAGAGAUUGAUAGCUGCAUUAUGGCAGCUAAAUUAAUACGUUUGUAUAUACAGUGACCUCAAAAAAUGUUUGGAAACUUAAUCCACACUUAAAGAUAUAUGCAUAUCAUUGCAUUAGAAAGCAAAAAAUACAAGAAAUAUUGUUUUUUAUUGUUAACUAAAAAAAUGGAAAAAACAAUAAAUGUACUGUUAAAUGAGUGAAGAUGAAGAUAUGUGGAUACAUUGUGGUUUCCAAACAUUAGUAGAACUUGAUGACAUCCAUUAUUUUACAGAUACCAGUUGGAUUUAUAUUUUGUUAUAUAAUUAAAAAACGUAAGUGUGGUUUAAAUGUCCAAAGGCUUUUGGGUCCACUGUAGUAGACCUUUAUUCUGGCAAGUCCAGAUAAUGUCAUUGUUAAGCUUUUUAAUUCCAUAGUGUGGUAGAUUUCUAUUUCUUUUAACAUACAAGAAAGGUUACUGUCACAGUAUGAAUGUGAACCAGUUUUGUUUUUUAAAAUCUGUCAGUGACAGGUUUUUAAAUCUUUAUCCUUUCUAAUGGGGGGAAAAUAAGUACAGUGCUGCUCUAAAAGUUGGUGGGUGAUUGCGUUUUUAUUUAUAUUACAGUACUUUUGUGCUGUAUUUGUUUACCUGGAAUUUCCAAAUUUCAAACUGGAUAACUGUUUUUAAUUUACUAGUUCAGUGUAUAUAAUCCAGCAUUCCUUGAGUCUCACAAGAGUUUGUAGCAGCAUUGAGGUCAAUGUGAAAAGACCAACAAAUAAUGGAAUAGUUAUGUGCAUAAUUUUUUCUGUUUUAUUAGGUUGUGAGAUAUUGAUUGUUACUAUAUUUUAUAUAGUUUUCUUGGGUGAAUGUCUUUUUAGUGCUGCUUGUUUUGGGCAUCACCCAGUCAAGCAAAUUUAUUGACUCUCUGGUAGUGCUUUUUUUAAAAAAAUCUGUUUUAUAUUUAUAGAGUUGUACUUUUAUACUUUAUUUACUACUAUAAAUGAUUCUACAUUUGACUUGUGUCGUGCUACUGUUUUUCAUUACAGCUAUUUGAUCAUGUGUUUCUCAAGGUAACAAACUGGAUUUUUCAUGCCUCCAUUUCUCUUGAUAUGCUGCAGGUGUUUGUAUGGAGAGAAAUCUGAGUUGAAAGCCAGCUAGUGUAUCAUGCAUUCAGAAUCCAGUGAUCAAGGUUGGUGGAUAACCAAAUAGUCCCUGCCACAACAUUUUGUUCAAUGUAAUGGGGUUCCCACAGUCAUGGAAAACCUGGAAAUAACAGGUAGCCAUUACCAGACCUGUAAUUAAUAAAAUUAAUUUUUAUUAAUAAUAACAUGUGUAUAUAUACUUUUUAUAUACAGGGGUUGGUCAAUGAAACUGAAACACCUGGUUUUAGACCACCACAAUUUAUUAGUAUGGUGUAUAGGGUCUCCUUUUGUGGCCAAUAUAGCAUCAGUUCGUUUCGGGAAUUACAGAUACAAGGGAUUUUGAGCCAAUCUUCUUCCAGAACAGUGGCCAGGUCACACCAUGUUUUGGGAACCCUGUUAUAAAUCAUAGUCUAGGGGUGCACAGAGGAAGUCACAUACGGAGCACAUCACAAAAAUAUACUGAUUCCAUAUUUGUAAUGGAAGCCAAUUUAUUAGACAGCCUUACUACAUCGGUACACAUGAAGUAUACUUUAGUUUGUGCUUCAACACUCGCAAACAUAGAAUCCCAGUAAGAUCAACAGGUUUAAGACAGACUAGGUUAUUUAUUGAUAUUCUCUGAAAAAUAAAUGUAAUAGAAAUAAAUCCAGUCGACACCCAAAAUAAGGAAAUAAUUUAAACAAAAACAACAAAAAGAGAACCAUAGAAGCGUCACAGAAAACGCGUAGUGCAAUAUACAACCUUUCUGCCAGAACAGAGUAGAGGUAACGGAAACUAAAACGUUAAAAGGGGGGGUUGCGUUUUGUUGCAAAGCCAUUCGCCAGUGGAAGAUAUAACAUUGCAUCAGAAAGAAACUACCAGACGGUCAAACAAAAGAUAGAUAUUACCUAUUUUUUUCCCAGUUUAUCACUACAGCUACAGCUAAUACGUCACGAACACAGUGGCUUCACAUUGGCAAAGGAAAGUUUUACUACUUCACAGUCAGAAAUUUUCACCAGUUAACAGUGAGACGAAAAAACAGUAACAUAUGGCAUAUACAACAACACAUUACUCAGUGCAUGUCCCGGUUAAACAUUGUUUACUAACCAAUGAUAAGACUUAAUCGGACGAGAUACAAUACUGAAAUACAACUGGCCCUUUUUUGAAUUCCUUAAACAUUUGCAAGCAACGGCCUUCUUCACACUAAAUCAUGAGGUCUCUGUAGAAGGAGACGUGAAAAGGAUAUGGAGAGUAAAUACUCCCGGAAUCGCGACUGAAGGAGGGGUGACGUUCGCCAUCUAUGUACAGUGUCUCUUUCACUUUUACAGCUUGAGGCUUUGAUCUGUUACUCCUUUGGCCUCCCUCUUCAUCACUGGAGUCCCAAAAGAUGCUCAAUGUUUCAUUUUUACACAUCUUAACAUGUUUUAACUUUUAUUUUUCAAUGUUUUCAAACAUGUCAAAAGGGCCACAUAGUAGCAUCCAUGGCAUGCACAUCUAAAAUGAGACAACAAUUAAACCCAAGCAUCUAAACUGGGCGGCAGUUUAGCCUUCAGCGCAGGAAGUGAUAUGCAUCAUUUUACCUCACUGGUCUAUUUGCAUAUAAACCAGUCCCUCCCCCAACCACUUUUAAGCCAUUUAAAAAGAAAAAAAAAAAAAAAAAGAA